AUGGGUGGCAGAGGUGGCAGUGGUCGUCGCCGCGAUGGUGGCGGUGAUCGCGAUGGACGUCGGCAGCGGCUGGCUGCAGACAACGAAGAAGACUUGUACAGGAAGCUGCCCAAGAUCGUUGAGUCAAAACUCGAGUUGCCUCCAACACAAGCAGCUUUGCAGGAUGAAGUCAGAACGCUGAUGGAAGACCUCGUGAGCGCAACAGAGUCUAGAGCGGAAGCAGUCGUCAGAUCAAAACUGGAAGCAAAGGUGCUAUUGCUGGACAAUGUGAUGGAUGCGAAGAAACCGGCAUUUGGCGAAGACGACGCAGAGACCACACCACAGCACCUUCAGCACACGCGGAAGACAAAGCCGAAGCAAGGGUUCUUUGAGCUUGAGCCAGAAGCACGAAAGUACGCCAACUUUGAACCGUUGCACGCGCUGUGGAAACAGUACAUGCAACAGAUUCUCAAGUACGACGAUGAUAGGUCAACGCCUGAUGGCAUGGGCCAAGCGCUCGUGAAAGCAGAUUUCCACGGGUGCUGCAUCACAGUUGUCAAGUCACGCCGCCCAGGCUUGAUUGGCCAGGCCGGCAUUGUCAUCCAGGAAACGGAGAACACAUUCCGCAUCAUCAACAGAGCAAACACCAUCAAAGUGCUGCCCAAGUGCGACAGCAUAUUCUCCUUUGAACUGGGCAAGUACACAUUCACCAUCUUCGGAAACCACUUCAGAUUGAAACCCGUUGAUCGCGCUGCGCGCAAGUUCAAAGCAAAGGCCUCCAUUGAGUUGCUCGUGGACUUGGACGAGUUCAUCAGUAUCGUCGAGCACCUGUCACGUUCAGAGGUCGACAUUCGCCGAGAAAUUAUGCAGGGCUUCAAACACUUUGAUCGGGAUGGAAAGGGCUACAUCACCAUGGAUGACUUGGUUAAGCUGUGCAAAGCGGUGGACGAGUACAUUCCACGCGAAGAGCUGCGAGAGAUGUUUGUGCUGGCGGACUUGGAUGGGAAGGGCAAGGUCACCAAGGAUGAGUUUAUCAAGAUCAUGCUCAAGACAAACCUCUUCCGAUAA